AUGGCGGACGACGAGGCUGAGAAUUUUAAAAGAAGAUUGGAAGUGAUUCCCACCUCUGGAGCUGAAGAUGACGAAACAUGUCUGACAUUUGUGUUGCAUGAGGAAGAUCAUACUUUGGGGAAUGCACUUCGUUAUAUGAUUGCAAAAAAUUCUGACGUUGGUUUUUGUGGCUAUACCAUACCUCAUCCAUCAGAACAUAAAAUUAAUAUAAGGAUACAGACCAAUGGUAUUCUUGCUGUUGAUGCGCUGAGGAAAGGGCUUUCCGAUUUGUCCGAUCUCUGUGAUCAUGUACAAGAAAAGUUCGAGACAGCUGUUAAAGAAUUUCGAGAAGAAGGAAUAGCAAUGGACGAAGAGUCAGAUUAGCUAUAUCUUGCAAUAGUAUCUGGUCAAAUCUCCAUACUUUUUCGCCCCGGAUGAGAACAGUCAAUAAAUUUGUAGUCAUUUGUAAAAGUCAACUUGCAAAAAACUAAACUUAUGGCAUGACGCAAAAUACAAAUUCUUGCAUAAACGUGUCA